CGGGAAAUCGUGGUACUCCUUAUGUCAUGACGUUAUGUUAUUAGUAUAAUUAUGUCACAAUAAGAAAUGAUUUUUCGAUGACGCUGUUUGGCUUUGAGUCAACAGCUGUAACUCUAGAUUGGUGUAUAUAUAUCAUGUAGAUUGAGCUCCAGAUGGUUAUUGUUUUUUAUUUUUUGACAAGUGGAUUUACAUGCUUAUUAAAGUCAUAUGAAACUUCAAAUUUAAGAAAAAGUUGAUUAUGUUUUAUAUACUUAAAUGGCUACUAGACCUCUCGUUAUAACUUUGGCCACAGCUCAAGUGCGAGGGGAAAACCGUGAUGAAAGAAUGUAAACAAGCGUGCUCUGGAAGAAAGAGGUUAAUGAUUCUUACAGAUAUCAUUGAUGUCAGAAAAUAGAACAAUUGAGGUGUCAGAACGGGAAGUACUGGUAUUACCUCCCUUGGACAGGGAGAUUGUUAUUCAAGAAUCAAAGUCAGGACCAAGAAAUCUACACAGAAUGUCAUUGGUAGAUUUGGGUAAACGGUUACUAGAGGCAGCCAAGCGUGGAGAGACAGAUGAAGUACGGACACUGAUGUCAAAUGGUGCUCCAUUCACAACAGACUGGCUUGGAACCUCUCCAUUACACUUUGCUACACAGUUUGGACAUCAUGACACAGCUGAGGUUUUACUGAGAGCAGGAAUUAGUCGUGAUGCUCGGACCAAAGUAGACAGGACCCCAUUACAUGUGGCAGCCCAAGAAGGACAUAAUGAUAUAGUGGAAUUACUAAUACAGCAUGCUGCAGAUAUUGAUGCUAAAGAUAUGUUGAAGAUGACUCCAUUGCAUUGGGCCUCAGAAAAAGGCCACAAACCAGUAUUAGAAACUUUAAUAAAACAUGGGGCAGACAUCAACUGUGAAAAUAAGUUUGACAGAACUCCACUAGAUAUUGCAAUAGCCAAUGGAAGGGCAGAUAUAGCAGAGUUACUGACCAUGGCACAGAUGCAGUAUGGUGGUACAGUACAACAGUUAGAAGAUGUAAAAUCACAUGAGGUCAUGGUCAACGGUACAAUGCAUGCUGACUUGUCAAGUAUAACAGAAGGUGAUUCUAUCACCAUAGAAACCACAGAAAUUGACCAAUCAGAUAAUAUUGAAACUGUGACUGUGACAACUGAUGAACAAUCUAACAAAGAUGUUUUACCUGUAAAUAUAUUCCAGAAUGUCUCAAGAAGUAUAGAAUCUGACUCAUCAGAAACACAGAAUUCCUCAGUGUUAGCCACUUUAGCUGCUUUAGCAGAGGCCACGGCACCAAAUACAAUUCAACAAAACACAGCCACAACUGAGGCCAUGAAUUGGUUGGAAAGUCAGGGUAUAACCAUGAUAACGACCUCAGAGGGAGGGAUCAUCACAUCUGCUAUCGAUAGUGGACAAUCUAUUACAUUAACAGAGGCAGGAAAAAUUGCUCUCAACUUCAUCAAACAGCAAGAUGGAGAAGAAGGAGAAAUUGUUGUUAAACCUGAAGUUGACCUUGGUCCUGAGGUCAUAGAGGAAGCUGCUCACAUAGGGGGUGAUGUUGAAGAUAUUGUAACAGGGCUCCCAGAAGGGACAGAAUUGGUGACAACAGGAGGAGAUAUGGAUGACCAGAAUGUUUUAACGAUCGUCUCAAACCAGAAUCUGGGAGGUGUAACUGAGGAUGCUGGGAUUGUUGCCAUGGGUGAUGAUGUAGUUACCAUGGAAAAUCAGGAUUUAGUUGGAGAUGUAACAGAACAUUCAGAUGGUAUUGUUAUGGUAACAGAAGUGACAGGAGAGAUUGUUACACCGACUGAUGGAAUGUUGACCGUUACCGAGGUAACAGAUGAUGUCACAAACGUGACAAUGGAAGGGGAUGAAAUAACAGAAACAGGAUUACAGAUCUCAGACGAAAAUAACUUACACAUCUCAGAUGUUACUACAGUUACAGAAACAAAUAGUUUACAAAUUUCAGAUGUUGCCAUGGUAACAGAAGAAGGAGCCGGGGGAGAUGCUUCAGAUGAACCCCCAGCCAAAAGGUCAAGGACAGAUGUUGAACCUGAAGAUAAAGGGGAUGGUAUAAAAUUAGAGACAUUAGAUAAGGACGAUUUAAAGAAACAAUUAGAAGAAAUGCAGAAACAAGCUGAGGCUUUUAAACAACAGUUAAAGGAGAAGGAAGUAGAGGCGGAGACUUAUAAAAAACGUUUAAGUGACAUAGGUUUACAACCUGAAGACCAAUCACAGGAAGUUUUAGAUCAGGCAGCCAAUGAAUGACUAGAUACUGUAUAAUGGAUUUGAUUGACCAGUGCUUGCCACGUUUGGCAGGUCUCGUGACAUAUAUAUCAGCAAGUCUUUGAAUGUUUAGACAAAGUUUAAAGCAUUUAAGUGACACAGAUGUGUAGCUAAAUGAAGCUGGAUGUAAAUUAAGUAAAAUUAUGUAUUUAAUUGUUGAUUGACAGAUAUAUGUGAUGUAAGAGUCAAAAUAUUGUCUCUAAGUAUAGAUGGUUAUAAAUAGGCCAUAGAAAUAUUGUUUCUUAUCUCUGAGUAUCAUGAGUAUAGAUGGUUAGUUUUAUAUGAAAGAACUUGAAAUGGAUACACUUGUAACCCUGGUGAAAUUCUAGGAAUUAGCACAAUUACACUCCAUAAGGUUAUAUAUUUUCUUUAAUAAUGGUUCUUGCAUUUGUCCUUCUUUCUAUCUGCCCCUUAUACAAUUUAAGUAAAUUGUGGCAGGAAAUUUUCAUGAAAGUAGUCAGUAGAUUAAGCCCUACCAGUUAUCAAAUAUCAAAAUAAAAUUGUAAGAAUUUAAAAUGAUAUUUGUCAAGCUGUAUUUAAGAAAGUGUUUUUUUUUUUAUUCUUUUGGAUUUUUUAAAAAACUUUCGAAAAAAUUGUGAAAAAAGUUUAAAAUACAUCCUUCUGUAAAAAAAUUCAAUUUUAAUAUAUGUUAAAAAAUAUAGGUAUGAGCAGAAAUUAACACAGGAUUUUUUGGACAUUUUAAAAAUGGAGAAUUUGAUUAAUUACAGCUUUAAUUAUUAUACAAGGUUUAACAAGAGUAUAAUUUAGGGCUAUUCCAUUAAAAUGAAUGUGGGAGGGUAGGAAGGGACUGUCAAAAUAUCCCUACAACUAAGAACCAUUUUUUAGAUAAUUUUGCAUAAUGGUAAUAGACGCAUACUGAAAAAAGACCCAUGACCCACAUUCAAUAAUUAAACUUCCCUUCCUACCCUCCCACAUACAUUUAAAUGGAAUAGCCCUUAGAGAUGAGGCAAAUUUUGUAAAAGUAGAUAUAUGAUUGAGUGAAUUAAAUGAAUAGUUUUGUAUGUUAUUUAUUAUUACCUACUGUGUUCAUAACUUUACUGUAAUAUAUAUGUUAUUGAUGAUUUAAACCCCUACUCUAAAAGUAGGGCUGUAUUACAUUCACCAUGUCCGUCUGUCCGUCUGGUCGUCCAACAAUUAUUUCCGUCACAUUUCUCGUGUACUAUUUUGAACAGUUUGACUUCAUAUUUCAUCAGCAGCUUGACAGUAAUAAGUUGUAAUGUGUGAAUACUUUUCAGAUCAACCUAUUUCCUGUUUGCCAAUACUUUGAACAUUUCGGCAUUUUGAGCAUAUUUCCUCUGUGGGAAUCGUAUCCAGAUUUUACUUACCAACUGUUACAAAAUUUUCAUUACUUGCUAGUCAUGGUUUUGGAUCUCUUCGUUGUUUCAGAUCGUGAUACCCAGUGUGUUUAAUAAACUUUAAAAUUUUCAUUACUGUUUCCUUAAAAAAAUCAUUUAGGGAGAGCUUUAUAAUUAGUCAGCUGCUUGGCAGUAAUGAGUUUUUAUAUUUAAUGUUUUUCAGAUCUGUUAGAAACCUUGAUUUCCAAUACUUUGAAUUACGAGUGAGGGUAUGCUUAACAGGACAAAACAUGCACCUGCUUGUUUAUUACGUCAAUGAACUUAAGGUGGUACCCAACACCUUGACUAAUAUUAAUUUGGCUCGUUUAAUAUUCCUAAAAUUUUGACAAAAUGUUUACUUUGACCCUUUGACAAAAAUAUAAAAAUUUCAAAUAAUUUGAACCAACCACUUUAUCAGAAAAAUUUCACUGGUUAUAUAGCAGUUUGACAAACACUAAUUUUGAUCAUUGAGAAGCUUAAUAUUUCCUUAACAAUACAACGUGAUUAAAACGUUUAGCUGAUUUUUACAGAGUUAUCUCCCUGUAGUGUUAGGUACCACCUUAAAGGAUGAUGGUUGUUACUUAUGUAUUCAACAACUUACAUUUACAACACCUGGAUUUAAUCCUAGGCUAAGCAUAACCCUUUGCCCAGUUACCCUUGAGAUACACUAAUAAUGUAAAAAAUAAUGUUAAGAAAUUCUUAAUAACUUUUCUUGAAUUUUAUACAAACAGUAUACCUUUAUCCUGGACUUUUUUAAAUAAACAUCUGUUCCUCCCUUAUAAAGUGUUGUAAGGUUAAUGGGCAUUCAGGUAACAAUGAGUUGCACUCAUUCUAUAAGAUCAAUGGAUUUUAAAAAUUGGAGUGUAAAGUAGUGUACAAACGUGCUCGCUUUAAGCAGUAUACACAUUCUUGUAUUAAGGGUUUAUCUGAAAUAAAAAGUUUAACAUGCAUUCGGGGGGAUUCAAACAUUCCAGUGUCAAGGGUUUGCAUAUUAUUAGUGAAGUAAAUGGGUGAAAAAUCUACAAAUCAUUGUAUAGAAUUUACAAUGUCAGACACAAAAUGAUACAAACUUUGUAAGCUGAUGCAUAUCUCUCACAGUCACUGUCUUUGAUGUACUUAUGAGCCAAGAAAUUUUGUAUUUAUUCCAAUUUGUAAAUAAAUAUUUUAUCCAAUAAAUAUUUUUUAUAUAAA